UUUCCUCCCUCAUGCGUGGAAAGUCUCCGCGCCGAAUCCACUACACAAUUCGGCAAAGAAACGAUAACGUCGUUUGGAAGUAGCGAUGGUAACCCAGGAGAAGCCGAUCUCAAAUUGGGCGCGUGUCGUGAUGCUGUCGGUGACGAGGACGACGACGAACUUUUCGUCAGUGAUAUUGAGUCGGUAGAAGCAGCCGACCAUGCAACAUAA